UUUCUUUAUUACUUAUCCGACCUCUCUUCCCUACCCCUUCCUCUCCUCUUCCCUUUUUCUUUGUUUGUUUGUGUAUUUCUGUGUGUGUAUCACCGCGGUGCGAUUUUCCUUUCCCUGUGCCGCUUAUCCCCAUUGUUGCUUCAAGCUUGAUUCACUCUUUUAUCACUUCCCUGUUCUCUGGACAGUGACACGCGAGCAGCUCCUCUCGCCUUGCUUUCGUCAGAGCUUGCUCUAAUCUCGCUUUCCCUGUUGAACCAGCGUCACGACCAGUAUCUUCCUCCAUCACAGCAUUGAGAUCGACCGCAACCAUGUCGGACGGCGAUGCCUACGUGCCGACAGAGGUCACCACUGUCGCAGACCAGCAAACCCAGGGCAAUGAGAAGCGCCCCGAACAUAGCCUGGAGAUCCCUCUCGAGCAGGAGACGACAAAUGUCCCCGGCUCAAGGAUGGCCGCCACGGUCCCCAUCAGCCGGCGGCACACGCUGAAUCUCGAGGACUACUUCGCCGGCCCUCGUGAUAUGUCCAAGCACUCCAAAUGGCCUCUGUUCCUGCAGAUGCACGGCAGUAUCCUGCCCAAGAUGAUUGUGCCUCUGAUUUGGAUGGGACUUUGGAGUACAUUCAUCACUCUCAUCCACGAAAAGGUUCACAAAAUCGGUGUCAACUCCAUCCUCUUGACGGUUCUUGGUUUCGUCGUCUCCACAGGUCUCAGCUUCCGAGGUUCCACGGCAUAUGAGCGUUAUGCCGAAGGUCGACGUUUCUUCGCCUCCCUGGUUACAUCAUCCCAGGCCCUUGGACGAGUCUUCUGGAUCCAUGCCAAGCCCCUGCCGGACGUGGACAUGCGCAAGCAGAUGCUCUACAAGAUUAGCGCCAUGAACCUGGUGGUUGCUUUUUCGGUUGCCCUCAAGCACAGCCUGCGCUUCGAGCCCUACACCUCGUAUGCGGAUAUCGAGCAUCUUGUUGGCCAUCUCGAUACCUUUGCCAAGUCUGCCACCGCCACCAUGCCUGUCAAUGGCGGUGUUGGAAAGCAUAGCCUCUUCAAGUCUGUUGGCGACUACCUGGGCCUCUCCUUCGCCGCCAGCAACCCUCGUAAGCUGAUCAAGAGAGCGGAGAAGCCCGUGGGAAACCUACCGCUUGAGAUCAUCAACCAUCUUGCGGUCACCAUCGACAACCUGAUUGCCCGAGGCCAACUCCCCGUCCCCAUGCAGCAAACCACCGCAUACAACAACCUUGCUGCCCUCAACGAUGCCUACACUGGUUGCCACCGUGUCUUGACCACCCCUCUCCCCAUCGCCUACGGAAUCCUGUUUCAGCAGAUUACAUGGCUCUACGUCAUCAUGCUCCCGUUCCAGAUGGUUGCCGUACUCGACUAUAUCACUAUUCCUGCUACUACUGUCGCUUCAUACAUCAUUCUCGGCCUCCUCUUCAUUGGCCAGGAAAUUGAGAAUCCCUUUGGCCACGAUGUCAACGAUCUUCCCUUGGAUAGCUACUGCGAGCAGAUUGCCGCCGACAUGGACAUUAUUGCCUCUCACUCUAGCUUCCAGUCGGAUGACUUCUUCUUCCACCCUGAGAACACUCCUCUGUAUCCCAUCAGCAAUGCCAGCGCCGAUGCUUGGCUGGAUCGAAGCGAAGCUAAGUUGAAGGAGACUAUUAAGAGCAAGCCCAGGAAGAUGUUUGAGUGGUCGCGAUGGAGGGGAGACCAGAUUGGAGACGAGGAAAACGUCAAGUCUGAUUAAACACGCUUUGUUGUUUUCCCUCGAGAUGUAGCAGGUGUGGAGAAGAUGAAGAAAAUAAGAUGUUUGCUUCAUGGGUGUACGAGAAAGAGGAUGAAGACUAUUGGAUCUUGAGAAGAGGGUUGAGUCUUUGCUUCUAUCGCAUUGCAACACUCGCUUACAAGACCAAUACACAAAAGAACCAGACUGACAUCUAUUUUGAGAGAUUGCUUUUCUUUUUCAAAACUGGUUGUUUUUCUUUCAACGUUGGGUUUUUCAAGCAUUUUACAUACAGGUUUUUGUGUUUUUCAAAAUGGAAAAUUAUAUCACGGUAGCACGGCGUCACGCACUUCAUUAUUUUACGUUUCGGCUCAUGUAAUGGGGAUUGGAAGAGGGGAAAACUGGAUAAUUUUUUUUUCUUCUUUCGCUCGUUACAUGAUUAAUUAAUCAGAUCAUAUAUUCUUAGAAAAUCUUUACUUUUUUUCCCCCUC